GUCAGAUUCCGCGUGUGCGCGCGUGUGAGCCAAGUACAGAGCUGCGAGAACGUCUUCGCCAGCUUCUGUAUCAGCGUCUGCUUCACGUGCAGCACAGCGAUGUAUUCGUGCAGAGCGGCCUGGCAGAAGUGCGGACCUUUGGCACGGAGAGUAGCCCACAGGUUGCCCCGGGAUGUUGUGCCACGGCGGCCGAUGUCCUCACAGACUGGUAGUACCAAGCAAGCCAUAGGCUACACUGUAGCGUGCAGUGGAGCCUUUGUCGGCGCUUUAGCAUGUGCGUACGCCAUGACAAAUUCUGACCGGUACAACGACCGCAUCGCACAAAUGAAUGCCAGACCCAAGGAGUGGACACCAAAGCCAUGGCCACCUAAGAGUGCAGGCGAUGAAGAGGCUGCAGAGGAGGAGGAGGAGGAGGAGGCAGCUGAGGCUGAGGAAGAGGAGGCUGCUGCACCUGCUGAUGCUGAGGCAGACACUGUGGUGGAGGCUGUUGCUGAGGCAGUAGCGGAGGCCGCUGAAGUGGUCGUGGAGGCAGCGGAGGAAGUCGCUGAGGCUGCACAGGAGGUGGAGCAAGUCGCGGAAGAAGUGGCCCAAGUGGCAGAAAAUAUUGAGGAGGCUGCCGAGGCCGUCGCAGAACCUGCCUCCAUCACUGCCGAGGAGCCUGAAAGCAACGUGUUUCCGGUAGCUGCCGCUAGUGUAUCAGAACUGAAGAUGGCCGAAGCAGAAGCACAGCCCAUUGAAGUAACUUCUCUAGUUGAAGAUGUUACUAAACAAGAAGAGGCUCCUGUACCGGUAGAGGUUACAACAACAGAAGAAGCAUCUGCACCAACAGAAGAGGCACCAGUUGAAGUUACGUCUGUGGAGGAACCUGCGCCAGUUGUGGAGGAGGCACCUGCGCCAGUUGUGGAGGAGGAACCUGCGCCAGUUGUGGAGGAGGCACCUGCGCCAGUUGUUGAGGAGGCACCUGCGCAAGCUGUUGAGGAAGCCCCUGCACCAGUUGUUGAGGUUGCCCCAGUUGUUGAGGAGGCCCCUGCACCAGUGGAGGCCACCCCAGUUAUUGAGCUGGCACCCGUUGUUGAGGAGGCCCCUGCACCCGUUGUUGAGGUGGCCCUUGCACCAGUUGUGGAGGAGGCCCCAGUUGUUGAGGAGGCCCCUGCACCAGUUGUAGAGGAAGCACCCGCACAAGUUUUUGAGGAGGCACUAGCUGAAGAGCCAGUCACUACUACAGCCACUGAAGAAGAUAUUGAUGCAGCUCCAGCUCCAGUGGCGUCUCUGGCUGAAGAUCCCAAGAAAGAGUACAUAGUUGUUGUUCUGGAAGGAGCACCUAAAGCAGAAAAGAGGCCCAGGGUGCUAGGGGUGGGGCCCAUGACUGGUAGAAUCAUCCCAGCUCCAGAUGAUGAAGAGGCUCCUACUUCUGAGGGAACGCGACGUCUUCUAAAGAUGCAAAUGCAGUAGUUCCAGUGAAGUGAUUGUCUCCUGAAUGAUGAAGACGUGCCUUCUCCAACACGUUCCUGUCGUCCUUUUACCCACAAUUCCAUGCAUUGACUGUACAGUUUCAGUGUAAAGCACACACACGUGACACAGUAUUUAGAUCAAUAUCUACUCUGUGAAACUGUCUUCCGUUACUAUGACACUCCACACUGACCACUGUCUCUGUGACCUCUGUGACCUCCAGUCCGUUUACCUGAGCCAUGUUUGUCACUGUGAAGAGUUCACUGCCUCCACUUGCCCUCAUUAAUCCAGUGUUACCUCUGAAAGUGAGGCGUCACCAGCAAUCUUACAAGUCUACAAUGUCUGACCUCAGCGCUGCCCUCUGCUGCCCUCUGCUGUCAAAGUGAAACAGCUGCAAACUCCUCUCAAUCACUUGUUACCUCACUUUUAUCCCUCACUUGUUUCAGUGACACCUCAGACUGGGACAGUUCAGGUUGUUUAAGUAUCUUUGUUUUUGUUUUUGUAAAAAAAAUCUAGUCAAAGAAGUCAAAGAUAAAUAAAAAAAUGUGUCCAAACCAAAGUUUGAUUACUUCCACUGAGAGGGACACGUGAUGGGCGCGUGAUUCAGUAUUAAAAUAACAUAUUUGAAAAUAUUUGAUGGGUCGUCUUCAAAAACCUGAACUAUACUUUUUUGAUAGAUAUUGAGGAUGAUACUCUGAAUGUUCCUCUAUUCGGUGGGAAAGAUGAACGUCUUUUAUUUUUCUGUCAUUUUCUUGUUGCCCACAGCGAGUGUUAGCGUCCGUGCUGCUGAUAUAACUGUGCAUGUGUGAAGGAAAGUGUCCAGUGUGAAAUGAUUGACAUCUCUUGUCUGGCUUGAGUGUGUGAAACAGGGUUGAGUGUAAAUGUACACAAAAAAACUGGGAAAUUGGUUUUAGGUGGUGGCACACGAUCUGUCCCUGAUGUAAUGUUGUCUGACAGGGUUCUGUGAUCAGCUGUGAGCACUGGUUUUGUUGUUUCACAGAAUAAAGGGAAUUAUUAAAUAUUUA